GUUUAUCUGGGUGGUGAGAAUCGCCAGUACAGACUUCUGUUGGCUGUAUCUUUUCCACCCUCUGCUCAAGUCUCCUUUGUGUUGAGCCCGCUAAGUGUGGUGCGAAAGAGCUGCUGGGAACGUGAGCGAUGACGGGCAAGUCUGUUGGCUGAUCCACACGGGAUUCUGACUUGUUCCUUCGCCCAAAGUUUUGGUCGCCCCCAAAAAAGGCUGCGCUGCCCGCAAUGGUCCUUCACGUUCGACUUCCGCAACCAUUCCCCGCCAAGACAAUACAGGGGCCACUAGAUGGAUAAAGCUGAUACGCUAGUUCUAAUGGGGUAUCAUAAUCGGUCGGAACCUCGUUUCAGUAUCUACCCUAUUGCUGCCAGGUGUUACUUUUCGUCACUCUCCCUAUGUACUCUACUGUGCUUGUGCUUCUAGCUUGGAUCGUACGUCUGCACCAUUGCAAAUCCUCACACCAGGAUUCACAGUCCAGGAAUAGCCAGAUUCAUGGCUCCAAAGAACAAAGAUUCGGGGAAAGCUGACAAGUCCAAAGCCGCCUCGGGAGGGGCCAAAGGUAAAGGCAAGGGCAAAGAAGAAGACGGCUCGGCUGGAGGUGGUAAGCUGAAGGCCGCUCAAUCAGUCAAUGUUCGACAUAUCCUGUGCGAGAAACACUCAAAGAAGGAAGAGGCGCUGGCCAAAUUGCGCGCUGGUGCGAAGUUCGAUGACGUGGCCAGGGAGUUUUCAGAAGAUAAGGCUAGACAAGGCGGAUCGUUAGGCUGGAAGGUCCGGGGCAGUUUGCAUGGAGACUUUGAAAAAGUGGCCUACGACUUAGAAACGAGCACGACAGCCAAUCCAAAAUACGCGGAAGUGAAGACCAGCCAUGGCUACCACAUCAUCAUGGUCGAAGGAAGGAAAUAAGUUUCACAAUAUACUAGGAGACCUUAGUGAAUGAGUGGACUCGCCACAGUGACAUCGGCAAGCACAUCUAGGGCGACAUGAUCAAGGCAGUGCUUCCUUUUGCGAGGAGAACCGUUGACCGGGAGCGCCAUGACGCUGAUGGUAGAGUCUUUGGUGGAUUCAACCUUUGGAGGAGUCCAACUGGCUUUGGGGACAUCAGGGUUGGAAUUUGCAUAGCCAGGUGGACUUGCUCCAUCUUGAGAAGAGGCGGUUCUAGCAGUGUGCUGGGGGAUAACCUGUGCCUGAUCCGAGCUCGUUUUCCGACCAAGUCGUUCUGCAAGCUCCAAAUUGAGGAAUCCACUCGAUCGUGGUUCUUCUUGGUUUGCCGACAGGUGCUGAGAUGCAUGGAGCGAUGCUGGCCGCGGCAACUCGACCAUAUUGAGAAUGCCACUGGAGCGAGGUUCUUCAAGCUCUGGAAGAGAUGGAACGAGUGCGUUAGGUGACAGGGCCCUCGAGGAUGGGGUAUGGAUGGAUCUUUCGUCGAUACUGGAAGAGACCCUCCUCAUGGUGUCCGGCGAAGCAUGGCCAUUUAUUGUUGCUUCUUCAUGUUGAACUUGGCCACUGCGGCCCAACCGUCUUCUCUUGGCACGCACGCCCUCCAGUUCUUCCAAUCUCUUCUCCAUUGAAAUGGUCGUGUCAUCCAGGACGACAACACGGUCCCUUAGGCGAACCUGUUCAUCACCAUUGCAUAGAAUCUUGUCCUCCGUUUCAUGGAGCUUUCUUAGCACCUCCUUCUCGCUCUGAUAGAAGGCCGCUAGGGCUUCACGCAAGAUCCGCACUUCCCUUUCCCACAACUGACGUUCUCUCUGGAGUGCCGUCUCACGAUUCCCCCGUUCAUUCUGGAUGGUCUCCUCCAAGCGUUUGACCUUGUCAGCUAGUUUUUCGAGUAUGACAUUGAAGACCUCGGUCGACUGUUUUUUGUCACCAACAAUGUCAUGGACAUGAUAACACGCCUGGUGGCCGCAGUCACAGAUGUUGCCCGGGGCGCUUCGAUUGUGAUGAAAGAAUUGACAAGAGCAUUGCUGACUGUGCGCCGAGGCGUGUACGAGGGGAUGCCGACACUCUCCGAUCGGCUGAGGGCGCGCACUUUCAGAUGUCAGGCGGAGUGGGCGAUGUUCGUGAGCAAAAGUGGCGGGAAGCGACAAUGAAUUUGACCCAAACAUCGAGGCCGCGGUGGGGGUACUUGAACCCGAACUGAUGGCUUCCAGAUAGGUAACGUGAGAGAGUGCCGGCAACGCAUGAAAGGUGCCCUCGAGUCGAGCUUUAGAGACUAAGUCUCUUCCCACUGAUGGAAGGGGCGGUGUCGGCCACCUGUGUUAUAUUUUCUUUGUUUACAGAUAUUCAGGAAAUAUUGUUUGACUGCGAGGUGUCAGAAAGCCCCCGGUACCGCUUGAUAUCUGUCUGUGACAGGUCAAGUUACGGUGAGUGACGUGCACAUACGCAGCCCUUUCAACACGGACCGCUACCACGGCGCAAAGCUCUUUCUCAGAGAACUCCAGCUGAACGUGUACCACAAGUAUAUGCUCAUUGUAGCUGUACCCAGGUGAAGAAACCAGAAAGAAAAAGGCUCGUGCUCGAGAAAUCGAGCACAAUGUUGUUGGAUGCUUCUCUCGGAGCAAGUAUCGGUGGUCAGAAGUAGUUUAUCAGGAUGAAGGACGUGUCUGAUGGAAAGCGAAGAAGUUUCGUUAUCUGCGCCGGGG